GGCACAAACACACACUCGCAGGAACUUUUUGGCUUAACAAAACUAGAAUUAGAUCUAAAGCUAACUGUCGGACUGAGUCUAUUCUAAACUGAAAACCUGGACAUCUGGAGUGCCAGGGCGAGAUGACGUGUUACGGGCUUCGAUAAAAGCAGCUGGAUUUGAAUGGAACAAGCCAAGAGGCCAGCACAAGAGCGGAUUCGUUGUGCUCACGGCCAUCGAGCCGAACCUCUCGCGGGUCGGUGAGCUGUGAAGGAAGCCCCCGGUCCGGACCUUUCGCCCCAAGCCCUUCAGGGUCCCCGGGCCUGGUACUCCUCGCUACAAGGGAGGGACGCGGAAGCCGGGGCAGAGGAGGAGCCAACCCGGGGCUGGGCUGCGACCGGCAGAGGAAGACGCUCUAGGGAUUUGUCCCGGACUAGGGAGAUGGCAAGGCUGAGGACAGGAGGCGGACUGAGGGGCAAAGAUACACCCUAAUCUCGACACAACCUUUGGAGCUAAGCCAGCCGUGGUAGAGGGAAGAUUCUUGACGUCCCUUCCAGGCCGCCUCCCCAUCGCCCCACCCCCCCACGGCCGGAGCUGAAAGUAAUUCAUACAAAAGAAGGACGCGUCCCUGCCUUGGGGAAUCCCAGGGACCGUCGUUAAACUCCCACUAACCUAGAACCCGGAGAUCGCUCCGUUCCCGCCCCCUAACCCGCCCGCUCUUGUCAUCAUCGAGGUGGAGAAGAGCAUGCGCGAGGCUCCGGUGCGCGUCAGUGGGCUGAGAGCACAUCGCCCACAGUCCCCGAGAAGUUGGGGGGAGGGGACGGCAAUUGAACCGGUGCCUAGAGAAGGUGGCGCGGGGUAAACUGGGAAAGUGGUGUCGUGUACUGGCUCCGCCCUUUUCCCCGAGGGUGGGGAGAACCAUAUAUAAGUGCCGUAGUCUCCGUGAACGUUCUUUUUCGCAACGGGUUUGCCGCCAGAACAUAGGUGUCGUGAAAACUACCCCUAAAAGCCAAAAUGGGAAAGGAAAAGACUCAUAUCAACAUUGUCGUCAUUGGACAUGUAGAUUCGGGCAAGUCCACCACUACUGGCCAUCUAAUCUACAAAUGCGGUGGCAUCGACAAAAGAACCAUUGAAAAAUUUGAAAAGGAGGCUGCUGAGAUGGGAAAGGGCUCCUUCAAGUAUGCCUGGGUCUUGGAUAAACUGAAAGCCGAGCGUGAACGUGGUAUCACCAUUGAUAUCUCCUUGUGGAAAUUUGAGACCAGCAAGUACUACGUGACUAUCAUUGAUGCCCCAGGACACAGAGACUUCAUCAAAAACAUGAUUACAGGGACAUCUCAGGCUGACUGUGCUGUCCUGAUUGUCGCUGCUGGUGUUGGUGAAUUUGAAGCUGGUAUCUCCAAGAACGGGCAGACCCGAGAGCAUGCCCUCCUGGCUUACACACUAGGUGUGAAACAACUAAUUGUUGGUGUUAACAAAAUGGAUUCCACUGAGCCACCCUACAGCCAGAAGAGAUAUGAGGAAAUCGUUAAGGAAGUCAGCACUUACAUUAAGAAAAUUGGCUACAACCCCGACACAGUAGCUUUUGUGCCAAUUUCUGGUUGGAAUGGUGACAACAUGCUGGAGCCAAGUGCUAACAUGCCUUGGUUCAAGGGUUGGAAAGUCACCCGUAAGGAUGGCAACGCCAGUGGAACCACGCUGCUUGAGGCUCUGGACUGCAUCCUACCACCAACUCGUCCAACUGACAAGCCCUUGCGCCUGCCUCUCCAGGAUGUCUAUAAAAUUGGUGGUAUUGGUACUGUUCCUGUUGGCCGAGUGGAGACUGGUGUUCUCAAACCUGGUAUGGUGGUCACCUUUGCUCCAGUCAACGUUACAACUGAAGUGAAAUCUGUUGAAAUGCACCAUGAAGCUUUGAGUGAAGCUCUUCCUGGGGACAAUGUGGGCUUCAAUGUCAAGAAUGUGUCUGUCAAGGAUGUUCGUCGUGGCAACGUUGCUGGUGACAGCAAGAACGACCCACCAAUGGAAGCAGCUGGCUUCACUGCUCAGGUGAUUAUCCUGAACCAUCCAGGCCAAAUCAGUGCUGGCUAUGCCCCUGUACUAGAUUGCCACACGGCUCACAUUGCCUGCAAGUUUGCUGAGCUGAAGGAAAAGAUUGAUCGCCGUUCUGGUAAAAAGCUGGAAGAUGGCCCUAAAUUCUUGAAGUCUGGUGAUGCUGCCAUUGUUGAUAUGGUUCCUGGCAAGCCCAUGUGUGUUGAGAGCUUCUCAGACUAUCCACCUCUCGGUCGCUUUGCUGUUCGUGAUAUGAGACAGACAGUUGCUGUGGGUGUCAUCAAAGCAGUGGACAAGAAGGCUGCUGGAGCUGGCAAGGUCACCAAGUCUGCCCAGAAAGCUCAGAAGGCUAAAUGAAUAUUAUCCCUAAUACCUGCCACCUCAGUCUUAAUCAGUGGUGGAGGAAGAACGGUCUCAGAACUGUUUAUUUCAAUUGGCCAUUUAAGUUUAGUAGUAAAAGACUGGUCAAUGAUAACAAUGCAUCGUAAAACCUUCAGAAGGAAAGGAGAAUGUUUUGUGGACCACUUUGGUUUUCUUUUUUGCUUGUGGCAGUUUUAAGUUAUUAGUUUUUAAAAUCAGUACUUUUUAAUGGAAACGACCAAAAAUUUGUCACAGAAUUUUGAGACCCAUUAAAAAAGUUUAAUGAGAAAA